GCGAUGGAGGGCAAGGAGGAGGACGUGCGGCUCGGGGCGAACAAGUACUCGGAGCGUCAGCCCAUCGGCGCGGCGGCGCAGGGGUCCGAGGACAAGGACUACAAGGAGCCCCCGCCGGCGCCGCUGUUCGAGCCCGGCGAGCUCAAGUCCUGGUCCUUCUACCGUGCCGGCAUCGCCGAGUUCAUGGCCACCUUCCUCUUCCUCUACGUCACCAUCCUCACCGUGAUGGGCUACAGCGGCGCCACCUCUAAGUGCGCCACCGUCGGCAUCCAGGGCAUCGCCUGGUCCUUCGGCAGCAUGAUCUUCGCCCUCGUCUACUGCACCGCCGGCAUCUCCGGCGGGCACAUCAACCCGGCGGUGACCUUUGGGCUGUUCCUGGCGAGGAAGCUGUCGCUGACCAGGGCGGUGUUCUACAUCAUCAUCAUGCAGUGCAUGGGCGCCAUUUGCGGCGCCGGCGUGGUGAAGGGGUUCCAGCAGGGCCUGUACAUGGGCAACGGCGGCGGCGCCAACGUGGUGGCGCCCGGCUACACCAAGGGCUCCGGCCUCGGCGCCGAGAUCAUCGGCACCUUCGUCCUCGUCUACACCGUCUUCUCCGCCACCGACGCCAAGAGGAACGCCAGGGACUCUCACGUUCCGAUCCUCGCCCCGCUGCCAAUCGGGUUCGCGGUGUUCCUAGUCCACCUGGCCACCAUCCCCAUCACCGGCACCAGCAUCAACCCGGCGAGGAGCCUCGGCGCGGCCAUCAUCUACAACAGGGAGCACGCCUGGUCAGACCACUGGAUCUUCUGGGUCGGCCCCUUCAUCGGCGCCGCGCUGGCCGCCGUCUACCACCAGGUGGUCAUCAGAGCCAUCCCGUUCAAGACCAAGUCCUAAGCUGCUGUUCUUCCUGCU